AAAAUUCAGAAUUGGAAAGUUUUCUGUAAAAUACUCCUGUGAGGCUGUGAGCCGAGACUUGCCUACAGGAGGGAGGGAGGGAGAGAGAGAGAGAGAGAGAGAGAGAGAGAGUCACCAUACCAGUCCCAGUUUACGUGUCUGAUAGCGAAGGAGAGGAAGGUGAUUCACGUUUUGCUUCUUCCUUGGCCUCGUGAAGACAACCUCGUUCUUUUGUCCAAACUUUCUUGUUCUUUUUGGCAUUUGGUGAAAAUCGACGAUUAGGUUUCUGGGUUUUGAUCGGAUUCCGCUGAUCGGUUCUCGAUCGGCUCAGAGCUUGGAACUUUUCGCACCGGGUUUCGUUUGAUUUCUUGUUUUUUGGGGGUCCGUCUAUGAGUUUAGCUCUUUGAAUAUGGAUCUAUCUUCUCAACGACAGUCCCCGAACGGGCCGAGGGGUUUUCGUCUUCAAGCUCCGUUGAUGGAGAAGGAGAAGAAGAAGAAGAAUCCUAGAAAAAAAAAAAAUCUUUUUUCGUAAUUCGAACAAAUGGGUACUCUCCUACACAAGCUUUGGGACGAAACUGUGGCCGGUCCGGCGCCGGAGACCGGUCUCGGGAAACUGAAGAAGCAAAAAGAUCAGAUCUCCGCCGUCCGAUCGCCGCCGCAGAUCUCCGGCGAUCAUGCGGUGACGAGGAGCAUAACCGUCGUGAAGGGAAACAACGGCGGAAUUCUCCGGAACUUGAGGAUUGAUUCCGGUCGUCUUCCUGAUUCUCCGGUCGGAUCCAGCAGCAACCCGGGAACUCCUCACACCCCUGGAACACCUGGUGAAGUCGAUGCCCAAACCCUCACUACUUAUGACUGGAUUGUGAUAAACGCGUUGGACCGUUGAUGAGAAUAGAACCACCCGAGGAGUAUGGAUUUGUACAUAACCAAUAUGAAUAUAAAAAUCUAAUAUGUGUAUACAUUAAUGUACAUAACAUGUAUAUGUAUCUUAUGCUUGUGAAUAUUAUUGAUAUUUUGUUACAUAA